AUGUCAAGCUGAAAUGAACAAGUUGUACAAGAGCUGAACUUGCAUGAAAAUGUUGAAAAAAUAAUAGAAAACCAAGAAUAUGAAGCACACUUCGUAGAAAUUCAGGCAAUUUUGAGGAAAAUGAAAAAAAUCAAUUCAUCAGAAUCUGUUAAAUCCUCCUUAAAAACUAUUCUUGAAGAAAUUAUUGACAUCACAUGGAAUGAAAAAGAGCCCAACGAAAUUGAAGAAGGAAAAUUAGUACAAAAGUCUAAGAUAACUGCUAAAAAUCCAAAUAGUUGUUUAGUAACCCCAAGGAAUUCAAAUAAAAACCCAAUAAAGCCUGCAUCUGCGAACUGCUCUCCUAAAGGAUCUAUUGCCAGCAAAUCAAGCUCUUGUUUUGCAUUUAAUUCUGAUACUCAAAGUCCAAAAGCAAAUCCAUCACUAGCUCCUUAUGUGGUAAAACCUAUCUAGUCAAAUUUUUAUUUUCCAAAAAUGAUGCAUAGAACUAGUCCAAAGUCUAUCAGUGCCAGGAAAUAUCAUGGACUAUCUCCAAAACUAACUGAAAAUAAAAUAGAAAACAGCGAAUCUCAGCAGCACAAGAUAUUAAUUUCAAGAUAUUAUAAAAAAUUAAGCAAGCUUUUAUCAACAAAAUAA